UGCAACACUAAAUAAAGAUUCUCCCGAGCCUUAGCACGGCGGUUCUGUGACAAAUAAGAAGACUAGAGGCAACUUUGGCUGCCAAAGCUGCGAGAUUGGUGAGGUUGAGCCGCUUGUUUGGUUCCCAGGAGGGACCGGCAAAGUUAAAUACUCCUGGAAAAGCCGAGUUGGGCCCAGCAGGUGUGGAGCUGCGCAAAUGAGAAGCGGGCACCGCCAUGUUCCUGAAUAAGUGCGAGGGGGACCUGGGCGAGCUGCGGAAGCCGGGGAACGGCGAGGGCACCCCGCCGGCCGCCGCCGAGGAGGAGCAGCCCAAGAAGAAGCACCGGAGGAACCGCACCACCUUCACCACCUACCAGCUGCACGAGCUGGAGCGCGCCUUCGAGAAGUCCCACUACCCCGACGUCUACAGCCGCGAGGAGCUGGCCAUGAAGGUCAACCUGCCAGAGGUCCGCGUGCAGGUGUGGUUCCAAAACCGACGAGCCAAGUGGAGGCGGCAGGAGAAGAUGGAGGCCAGCUCCAUGAAGCUCCAUGACACCCCUGUGCUCUCCUUCAAUCGUCCCCCCAUGACGCCCAACGUGGGGCCCAUGAGCAACUCUCUCCCGCUCGACCCAUGGCUGACGUCCCCCAUCUCCAGCGCCACCACAGUCCACAGCAUCCCCGGCUUCAUGGGAGCCCCUCAGGCCCUGCAGCCCCCCUACGGCGGCUCCCCAGCCCGGCUAAUGGGCCAGAGCCGAGAUGAAGCAGCCCCGGCAGAGGCGUGCUCCGGCAGGGAGAUAAUGAAGCAACGGCCGCGGAAGUAA